GUAGGUAACGCGCGGCCUAUAAAUAUUCAAUUUAGUUAUAGUAGCAGUGUACGAAAUGCGAAAGGAUAUGAUGAUUGGUGUAUUAUAAAGCAGGGGACGAGACAAGGGCCCUCCUGCGAUCACCUCCGCCAUUAGUCAAUUGAGAGAUUGGCGCGUCGAGCGUGCAGAGCUGCAGUCGCGCAGAAACCUCGCGGGCCCGCGCCCAGCUCACCUGGACUUGCUUCAUCUGCUCCCGCCAAACACUAACCUUCACAAUGUUCCUCCUUAGAGCUAAAAUACUCUUAGGAGUCUUCUUAAUAUUUUGGUUUAUAAUCGACCCGACAAGCGCGCGUCGUGGUCGUUCUAGAGGCAGAACGAAAUCUAAGGUGCAAAUCGGCUUACCUAUUACUGGAAAAUAUAGAGACCCGGAAUCCGAUCAGUAUUACAACAACAACGAUGGAGCGAAGAUCCUGCUAGCUUCGCACUUCGAUCUUGAGUACGUUUUGGGCCACAAGAUUGCCUUCUUAUGCAUCGCCAAGGGCUCCCCGCGGCCCCACAUCACUUGGUUCAAAGACGGCGUCGAAAUUUUUGCUCAUCAUUAUCUUCACAUUCACGAGUGGCCGAUCGGCGAGGACCGCGUCAAGUCUAAGAUCGAGAUCGACCCGGCCACGCAGAUGGACGCCGGGGUGUACGAGUGCACCGCCGACAACAUGUACUCUAUAGACCGCCGCUCCUUCAAGACGGACUUCUCCAUCGCUUUCGAUUAGUGCUGCGGCCGACGCCCCUAUAUUCGCCUACUGUGCCAAAUAACGCAACAUGCGACUGGGGCCCAUUUCUCGAAGCUACAAGUUACAAUUUACAAGUGGUAGUCACUGUCUAAUAUGACAAGUUGGAAAGAGACUUCCGCUUGUAACGUGUAACUUGUAGCUUCGAGAAAUGAACCCCUGAACAGACAAAAAUCUCUUACAUUCUUAACAGGAAUACCAUACAUAUUUACAUCGCGCAAACUGUCUAUUUGUAUCGGAGUAAAUGAUAGUGCUAUCACUAAUACUUACUGGACCUGAACAGGAUAAUAAUAAGAAAACUAUGGAUAUUAGAGAAAAACAUAAGAUACAUUUUGUAACAUAAAACUUUGAUAUUUUAAUGUUAAUGUUUUCAAAUUGUGAUUUUAAUUUCAGACCCGUAUCUAACGUCCACUAAAGACGUAGAACAGUUUAAUUUAAAGGUGAUUUAAGGCAUGCCACAGACAGUCUUAAAAAUUCAUAAUCUUAGAAAAGAUUUGUAUGCAAACUGACAGUUCAAACCACGUUCAAACUGACACUGACAGAUCUGUCAGUGUCCGUUUGCAUACAAAUCUUUUCGACUUUUCUUUUGCAUACGAAUUUUUAAGACUUUCUGUUGCCGGCCUCAGACAAUUUACCUGUGUCAUUAUGUUUUAUCUGGCCUAUUUCAUACAUAAAUCGAAAACGACCGCAAUUUGCGAAUUUUGUUGUUCCCGGCCCUCUGAAGUAUAGGCCCUUGUGGUACUGCCGCUUUUGGAAGACCACAUUUAAUACUUUUUUACAAAACUAGUUACUAAAACACUAACUUCAUAAAUUAUUGAGAAUAGAAUUGAACUGAAGUCAAUCUGCACUUCCCGUACUAUCCAAUAUCCAUAUUCUGACUAUCUGAUGUACACCAAUAUUAAUGUCCUGACACUCUGAUGUACACCAAUAUUUAUAAAUCCCUUAUAUAACUAAUAACUAAUGAGGACUUGUAUUUUUUUAAAUAAAUAACCUGUUCUAUAAAGGUAGAAUAUAUUGACAAAAACUAGGCUAUUUAAGUUAUUUGGUAUUAUUUUCAUGCAUACUCGCAACGCAACAUUGACAAUUGGGUAUUUGAAUGUAUCAAAAUACACAUAUUAUAGAUAUGUAUAUAAAAAAUAUGGGUGUGUAAUGAUUGGUAUAACUAUUUUUGGUAUAGUAACAUUUGAUAUAACAACAUUUGGUAUAUAUUUAAUGGAUAUAA